CCCGGGACGGGAGUGGGGGACGGUCCUACGCGCAGGCAACAGCAGCACCGGCUCCACGAAGUAAGAAUCGAAUCUUUCUGUUGGCUUUCCCAAUUCAUUCGUAAAUAAGAAUUGAAGGGCUAGAAGCGAGCGCUUCUAGCUGCUUCGCCUGCUUCUUAUUAUGGCGGCUAUGUUGGCGUAGCGAAAAUGAACGAAAAGCGAUAUGAACGUGCUAUUUUCAAAUCGAUUGAUAGAUAGUCUGAUCUGUUCUGAUAGAUCGAAAGAGUAGGAAUAGAUAGAGAGGGAAUCUAUCAAUAAUAAGGGAAAAAUCCCCUAUUUCUAUCUAUUGAUGAGACAACUAUCUAUUCUUGAUCCAUCAGAAAGAAAUCGAUAUGUAUGUAUCUGAUGGAGUCUACAUCGUACGUAGAGCACCCAAGCGCUUUUUAGGCCAGCUCAGUUCUCUUAUCCAUCGGUCCAAUGCACUGGGCUCAUCUCAUGGAGGGAAAAGCCAGAAUGUAGUUGUGUUGUUGUUGUUCGCCGCUUCGAUGCAUUCCCUUCUCUCCCCGGCAUCGUCCCACACAGAAAGAAAGAGCGCAGAGCCCCGGUCCGACCUGUACUGUAGGUCCGCUAACGUAAAGCGAGGAGUUGAGCCUGAACUGGCGAACCGAAGUCACUUUCGGAAUCAUACUUCCUUACAGCUAACACGUGUCCAGUCCAGCGCAGCGCAAACGAACGUGAGCUGCUAUACCGAAUCCCCCGCUGGCCAUCGGGGACCGAGUGGUAAGGCCAUGAUCCGCAGGGGAACGGAUCACUCAUUCUUCCAUUGGGGACAGGUGCACGAACGACAACUCCAAACGUCACACAUCCGCCGCCUACCUACCGUUUAGGUGGCACCAGCGAGAUCCAGCUAAGGAAAAAAAGUGUCGCGGCUGCUCCACUCCGCCGCGGUCUCAUGAACUGAACUUCGUUGCCUUCCCGCGCGCGAAGCGAAUGGGCGCUGUGCUGUGGGUCAGUUUCGGGGCGGGGGCUCGAGAGACCAGAAGAAUGAUUCAUUUGGAUUGACGAGCACCCCAAAACUAAGAAUCAAUGGAAUGUCUGUCUAUCCAUGAACAUCUAUUCUAUCUGUAUAUCUAGGGGAUCUAUCUAUACAUAUAAAAGUGUUUUAUGGCAUGAUAUGAUUGCCUAGCCGUAGCCGGCUUAUCAGCUGCGCUCAAUAUGCGGGAUUUCUGUUGGAUCAGAUCUUUCGCUUUGACGGAAGCUUUUGGACCUAGAAAAAAGGACUUUAAGCCUUCGCGCAAGCAAGCGCGAGAGAAGCAAGCAAAGUAUAAGCUUUGCCAGAAGCAAGACGAGGAAGCGGAGCUGUCGUAUAAGCGGUAGCUUCCCCCGACCGACUAAAAUACAACAGUCGCGGCCUACUUUGAUUCAAAAGGAAGGCGAAGGGUUUGGACACAAGCAAACGGCUUUCUAUCAUAGUUGCAAGGGUUCCAAACCUUAACUACUUAAGUACCAAAGGCAGCUUUCGGUUGGUUUCAUAAGGGGGCUGUUCACUACAAGCUAUCAGCGCUGUCUUAGAUUGAACGGCAAUAAGAUAAGUCGACGUUCAAUCUCUAAGGCGGGUUUCCGCUGAGAACGGAAUAGUGUUCGUGCCCAAAGGUGAACAACAACACCCUAGCUUCUAGAGUUCGCUGCUUUUCCCAGGCCGGAGAAGGGCUGCUC